AGGGAGCACUCUGCCCGCCGCUCAGUCACACAGCCAGCGGGCUCAGGCGCUCCGUGGCUCGAUCGGCUCUCUUUACUCCACGGGGAAUCAGCGGCUCCUGGAAUUUCCACGCACCGAGGAGCCCUUUUUUAACCGCAGCUCCUGUGGGAACAGUUUCUAACAAGGCCGCAGGAAAUCAUGAUGUUUAAUGGAGGCCCCCUUCGGAGGUCAUUGGAGUCUUUGCAAUCAUAGACCUGGCAUCAAGGAAGCGAUUCUCAUAAUGGCAACAAGCUACCUUCAGCCUAUGCUUCUGAAGCCCUCCUGUGGAGGGUGUAAUAACUGAGGGAGGGAUAGUGAGUCUGAGAAAAGCUUCCACCUGCAGAUGAAAAUCAUUCAAAACAUGUAGUGUUCCUUUCUCCAAAGAGGGGGGAGGGUGUAAACUGGAUUUUGAUUGCUUUUUACUUUCUUCUGUUCAUGUAAUCACUGAACAGAUUUGUGGUUGAUUGUUGAGUGUAUGUGGGUGUUGGCAGAGAGUGCAGGGUGAGGAGAAAGGAAAGUGAAAGAGUGGAGAAAAAAAAAGAGAGAAAGAACAGUAGAAGAAAGGAAGAGAUGGUCCUCUACACCACCCCAUACUCCAGUGCCUGUCUGCACUUCCUGGAUGGCAUGUCGUGGAGCCUGGUGUUUCCCUCCUACUGGCUCCUGGAUCGACUCCUGGCCUCUUGUGUGGCCACCUCACUGGAGAAGCGCCAGCGCUCCCAAGACCCCUGCUCCUUCCUCACCCUGUGUGUCCUGAUUGCUGCCCCCCUUUAUCUGCUACUCUUCCUCGCAUCUCUGCCUUUUGCCCUCCUGGGUUUCAUCAUUUGGGCUCCCCUACAGGCUGUUCGCCAGCCUUACCUGUACACAUAUCGAAGGCCAGAUAAGAACCAGGCAGAGGAAGGUCAGGCUGGACCAGGUGGCACUGGAACUGCGGAUUGGAGGCCACAAGGCAGAAGUUUCUGUUUCUGCAGUGCCAAUGUUUGUCUCCUCCCGGACUCCCUGGCCAGGUUCAACAACUUAUCAGACACCCAGAGGAGAGCUCGCGAGGUGGGCAAGAGAAUCCGCAAUGGAGCAAGCCGGCCUCAGAUUAAAAUCUAUAUUGAUUCGCCAACCAACACAUCCAUCAGUGCUGCAUCCUUCAGCAGUCUUGCCACAGGUUUCCGCCGCACUUCAUCCCUGGACCAGCGUCCAGAACAAGUCCACACCACCAAUGGCCCAGCAGAAAAUGAAAUCGAGACCAUCACAGAGUGCCCUGUCCACACUUCAGUUGCCACCGAUUGCCCCGUUCACCCAUCUUCAGGAGACCAGAGUUUUAUCAAUUGUCCCGUUCACGAAGCUGGGUCAGAUGCCACAACAGAUUGCCCCCUCCACCAUGCAGGGACCAACAACAAUUCAGACUGUCCAAUCCACCCCUCAGGUGAUACCACUGACUGCCCGAUGCAUUCGACAGGUGGUCAGAAUGACUCUGGCCAUCGUGACUGCCCAAUGCACGGGGAGGAAGCACAGAAAAAACCCUCCACAGAGUGUCCACUUCACACCUCAGCAGUUCAGAUCAGCAUCAGUGCCCCAGAACCAGACCCCCAGGAGGAGGAGGCUGAGACUGGAAAUCAUAGAGAUUUGCCAGGAGGAGACACAGGGAGCAUCACUGCCUCUCGGGAGUCUCUCACUCGUUACCAUAGUGGCGACAAUGCAGUAGGGAUAUCCUCCAACAACACUCUCUCUCAUGUGCCACGCACGUCAAUCUUCAAACGCCCUGGAAGGAAACGUCGACAUGGAGAUGAAAUGUUUGACCAUGAGAUCUCUGCUUUCUUCCCUGCCAACUUGGAUUUUCUGGCUCUACAGGAAGUGUUUGACCAUGGAGCAACAACAAGACUCCGACAUCAGUUACAUCGCUAUUUCCCCUAUGUGCUGAGCGAUGUCGGGCGUUAUGGCUGGAAAGGCUGCUGCUCCAGGUUCAAAUUCUUGAACAGUGGCCUAAUGCUGGCCAGCCGCUACCCUAUCCUGGAUGCCCGAUAUGAAUGUUACCCCAACGGUAGAGGAGAAGAUGCAUUGGCCGCCAAGGGGGCAUUGUUUGCUAAGGUCCAUGUGGGAACCUCCCAUCAGGAGCAGAGAGUUGUGGGAUACCUCACUUGCACGCACCUCCACGCCAUAGAAGGCGAUUCAUCGGUCCGGUGCGAGCAGCUGGACCUCCUCCUCCAAUGGGGGGCCGAGUUUCGGCAAUCCUCAUCCCAAUCCCCAGAAGGAGAGAAGGUGCUGGAGGACCUGGUGGCCUUUGAUGUCAUCUUGGGAGACCUCAACUUUGAUAACUGCUCUUCAGAAGACAAGCUGGAGCAGCAGCACACAGUUUUUACUCAGUACAAGGACCCGUGUCGCCUAGGGCCAGGGGAGGACAAACCAUGGGCUCUGGGCACUCUGUUGGAUCCCAGUGGCCUUUAUGACGAAGACGUCAGUUCACCUGAAAGUUUACAAAAAGUGAUGGAGAACGAAGAGGGGAGAAAGGAGUACCUGGUGUUUCCUCCCAGUAAGAAUCAGUGUCCUGCCAGUGGUCAGAAGGGGCGGAAAAUCCCACUGAAGGGGAAUGGCCGCCGGAUAGACUACAUCCUCUACAGCGACGAGAGCAUUCAGCAGGACUGGAAAGUGGACAUCGAAGAGUUCAGCUUUGUGACACAGCUGGCCGGCCUCACAGACCACCUCUCUGUGGCCAUGAGACUGGCUGUUUCCACCGGGGAAGAGGAGCCUUAGAUCCAUCGCCUGACUUUUAGGACUUCUUUCAUUUUACUGCCAUGGAAGAAGGAUUAAUUAAUUAAAUGAAACCAGGAAGUUCAGAGUUUACAGAUACAGAGCAGCAUGGGGAAAGACUGGAGGGACAGCGAGUGGAUGAGUAAAUCAGUGGAAGAACGCUUUAAAGAAGAAAGACGAAAGUGAAAAGAGAAAAUGCUGACAAGGAGAGAUACGCUGGGGGAAUUCAGAAAGGAAGUCAGAAUUUUUAUUUUCAUCUUCCCGGGUAAAUUACCCACAGAUUCACACUGAACACUGCGACUUUGAGACUGUUGGCCUUUUCCUCCGACCCUCCUGAGUCCAAAGGGUUUGUUUGGAGUGUUUCAUGUAGCCAAUGCACACACUUGUUUUAUCGGAUCUGUCUUAGGACGUAGAUAAAGUAUGAUUCUUAUUUUUAUGACUCUACCUUCAGGGACAGCUGGAUGGUCAUUGUUCAGUGUAUGAAAGAAGAACAUAAAACUGAGGUGAAGCUGCUGACCAGCCUUUACAGUGACCAUCUGUGACCUUGUGUUGUGUUUCUUCCUUCCCUGAAAGUUUUCGGUCAGUUUAGCUGUUGGUCGUCUUCUGCGCUGACCCCCCUCACAUCAUUCCCAAAACCUCAACAAGUGUCUUUUUUUCUUACCAACUAAGCUCACUAAAACAAGAAAAGAAAUGAGUUUCUAUUACAGACGCUCCACUUUUUAUAAAAUGUAUAAUGCCUGUUUAAUAUGAAAUUAUGUUUCUAAGGGACGGUAAAGGUUGGAUUCAAUGUGAUGCUCUCAGCAUGUUCUUUAGAUAUUAUUAGGAUGAAUUUGAGGAGAGUUUUUUUCUUUUUUUGAUAAAGCUCCAUUGAUGCAUGAAGGUUAAAGGUUAACUACACUGUUAUAACACCCUGACUUGAGAUUGGAUGCCUCAAGGUGCAUUUUGCCCUGAAACACUCACUGCAGUAUACUAUUGUGCAUGUUGAAAACAAAGAAAGGAGUACAAAUGAAGAACGGGAGUUAGAUAACAAAAGCACACAACCCCACUUUCUGCAGAAGAUAACAGUUUGUAGGAAACCCUAAUAGCAAUCAUCAUCAUUAUGACUGUCCCCAAUAGAAAAUGGCUUUGUGAUUAGUUAGAAAUCUGUGAAGCUGCAUUGCUUUAUUUUCAAUUAUUUGUCACAUAGAUUUGUCCGCUCAUUAACCACAUUUCUAUAUAGGACAAAGAUAACCCUGGUUAACACACACACACAAAAAAAAUGUUUUCUAAAUUAUUGAGUCUAUUUAUUAUAGAAGUGCAACAACUGUAUUCAAGUGUUGGAGGUCAAAACAGGUUUAUAUCCAUGUAUAGGAGUACUGAUCUAUUAUCUUUAAUUUAGACACAUUUAAAGGGCUAGAAGCUAAAGCGGCCUGUUAUAAAUUCAAGACUUUGACUAGACCCACUAUAAAAUCAUCAUUGAUCAUUGUGUGACCCAUUCCGAGGUUGAUAUCACUCACCAUCGGCCCUGUUUUUAAUUCAGUGUUUAACAUCGAUCAGGUUUUAUCAGAAGGGGAGGGGACAAAUGUUUCAGGUCUUAUAAUCACAAAAUACCCUUUAGCUGGUUAAUCCCUCACUACAGUUCAUGACCAUUUUCAGGGGAAGGUUUUUACUUUUAUUUAAGUCUACUUGUGAAUAAUUCCAACAGGAAAAGACUCCUAAACUUGAAGGAUGAGCUUAUGUUUUUUUUUUUGACACACGCCAGGGAACUUUAUGACCUUUAGGUUCUUUUCUAUAGCUGCCUUCAAACCUGGCACGAAUAUGACAAAUCAAAACGCACGUAGACAAGCCUCCUAUCUGAUGUUAGGGACAGAUUUUAAUGAUAAAUGACACUUGUUAUGAUAAUAAUUAAAUAUGGAUAGCGGACCGUCCCCAUUAGUUCCAAUCCUCCUCAUGCUAAACAAUGUUUACAGUCAUUUUUAAGCACCAACCUUCUUCUGAGUCACUCCAGGGGAGUCCCCAGACUGUAAACUGUUGUAAAAACACACAAUUAUAGACAGGUUGCAGAACUGUGGCCCCCUGGGUAUAACAGCAUCUGAAUGAGUCAGAAACAUACCAGGUGUUGUGUAUGAUAGUUCUUGUUUUACAGUGAGUCCAGAGGUCACCUGGCAGCUCGGCCACGCUCCGUCUCUUUAUGACUCACAUAUUGUAAUAAUGAAGAAAAUACUAUUUUUCUGCGAAAUGGUUUGUUUCAUAUUUUCUGAUUCACUAAUUGUGUGGUAAUGUACAGGUUGUUUUUUCUCUGAUCCCAGAAAGGUUCUCUUCAUUUCCUUAGAAUUGCAGUCUUUAAAAAGGGUGAAAACCUGUUUCUUUCAUGAUUAGGCUUUUAAUGUCAGGAAAUUAGAAUGCUGCUGCAUGUGUUACCACAGUUUAAAAUAUUUAAACGCUUUGAUAUACAAGAAUUGUUUAAUGACACAUACAUUUGAGGCGUCCUGGUUGUUUGGCUGCAAAGCAAAUCCAUAUCAUCACCCCUACACCACCGUGCUUGCCAGUUUGUAUUAGGGCAUUUUUAUGGAUAUGCUUUUUUUUCCCUCCCUUUUCUCACUACAUGCCACCGUGCAUUAUGGCCAGACGUCUCUAAUUUUGUCAUCUAAGUCACAGCGGCUUAUUUCUUUCAGAAAGAGGACGCUAUCUCCUGGUAAGCCACCCAAAAAAGCCACUUUUUGGAUUUUUACCAUCAUUUCAAUACUUUUAACAUGAUAACACGAGCUAGCUGGGGGCUGUAAAAGCUGAAGUUUGUGUGAGCAGCAAAAGUGAUUCUCUAAAUCUAUUUUAUAAUCUUUUUUUUCCCGCUUUCGCAUUGCGUGUGCUUCAUAGCAGCUAACUGCCAGAGCUCCUGCUUUUACAGAGGGGACGUAUUAAUCCAGUGCAUUAUUAUUAUGACCCGAAGCUUGCUGGUUUCCUUCAGAAAACCAGCAGCAAUUGUAUACGUUGUUUUCAUACUGAGCUUUAUUCAGUUUUGAUUCUUCUUUUUUUAAUAACUCAAGACUGGGUGGAAUGUUUACACUUUAGAUUAGACUAAAACAAAAUAUUUGUAAAAACCAGCUCAUAUUUUUCAUUUCUUAAUAUGGAAGACCCAAGAAUAAGGAAGAGGGUGUACUUUUUAUUUUAAAGGUAUAGUUCAGGAUUUUCUUUUUGUGGGUGGAUCAUCAAAAUAAGUGGUCCUCCUAAUUGUCAGUCAUUCUGGUGAUAUGUUUACGCAAGGCCGUCUUACGUGCUCUUCCCAAUUUUCACUUACCGGUGAGUCUGACAUAGUGGAAAAA